AUGAAGUGGUGCUGCUGGCGAGGCCCGCCUCCGCUUCCCCCUCCCGUCAUUACCCAGUUGAUCGCGAAACCUGGACCUCUGCCCGAUCCAACCAUCCUCCUCAACCUCCCCACAUUCCCAGUUCUGCUCUUCCAAGGGCCUGUACGCUCGGCUCGGGGCUGUGAAACAACAACAGAAAAGUGCCUCUCAGCUUCACCCGCCAUGCCGAUCCGUCCCCUUGACGAAUGGACCGUGGGCCGCACGCAGUCCCUUCCUCUCUCCGCACUGAAAGGUGCGGUCAUUGGCCUCGAUGCUUCCCACUACAUUCAACAGCACCUGGUCAACCAGUCGACCCGAGAGGCCCUGCUCGGCGCCCUAGGCGGCUUUCCCUUCGCGCUCAAGGCUAAUAUCGAACGAGAGCUGCAGACCUUCAAGAGUCUCGGGGUGACCUGUGUCUUUGUCUUCAAUGGACUAGAUUUUGGCAAGAAAGAUGAGAAGCCUCGCAACCAGGCGGCAAUGGUUCGCUCGUUUGAGCAAGCCUGGGAGCUCUAUGACCAGCAACAAGCGGACCAAGUCGUGGAUGCCUUCAGCAAUGCCGGUAUGAAAAAACUUCUUGCACGCAUGUCCGAUAUCUGGUCGCCUUCCAUGCCGGCCACGGUCCCCCAUGGCAGCCCGCCGGUAGCUCCUGUCGACGCUGACGAUGAAACCUCAGGGACCCCACCCCCGGAAACCCUAUACAAGUUCCUGCAGCGCACCCUCUCCCAAAAUGGCGUAUCGUUCAUGGUCGCUCCGUACAGUGCAUGCGCGCAGCUUGCCUACCUGGCCCGAGGCUCCAGUCCGGUCAUUGAUGCCAUUUACGGACCUUCCGAAGCUCUCUUCUUCGACAUCGAUAAGCUCGUGACCCGCAUCGACAUCGAGCCUGCGCAAUUCUUCUGGCUCACGAAACACACACUUCAGGAGGAACUGGGUCGCCUGUCGAACGAACAGUUCCUGGAAUUCGGCCUCUUGCUUGGAUCACCUUUCUUGAGAUCCUUCCCGCUGUUCGAGAACCCGGCAUUCCCUGGAAAGCUCCCUACCGUUCGUGACGCGCUGCCCAUGUUCAAUGCGGCCGGCCGGAGCGCCUUGACAUUGUGUGCGCAAUUUGAAGACGAGCGCCGCAUGCAGGAGCUUGAUUACACAAAAGCGUACAAAAGGGCGUACUUGGUCGUCAAGCACCAUGUGAUCAUCGACAUCGAUGGACGGGUGGCCCCCAUGCACCAGGAGCACUCCUCCUCCGACAUGCAUGAAAUUAUCGGGUUGCGACUUCCCGAGGAGCUGUAUUUCUACAUGUCCAAGGGCGUCAUUGGCCGUGACGUACCUAACUGUCUCACCUCGGGUGAAAUUUGCCUGAGUCUGCCUCUAGGAACGGAAGACACGGAGAUCUACCGCCAGCUUGUGGCAGACACUCUCACUCCGAUCAGGGCACAGUCCAUUGGGCUUUUGGCAAAUUGCCUCCACAGGUUCUACCAGACAAAAGUGAUCACCAUUCGGCCCUGGUUCGAUGAAGACUCGAACCAAAGACAAAUUAGUCUCAAGGGACUCCCCUCCGUCAAGGAGACUGUUCAGGCCUGGAGGGUAUCCAGUGACAAGAUGCCCGAGGCUGUGAAAUCGAUUCAAGCCCCCCGUGGCUCUUUCAAGUUCGGCCUGCAAAGUCUGACCAAUUCUGAAUUUGUGGCAAGGACGUUCGCGACCAAAGACACCCCCGUAUGUCUCAACCAGAUGAACAGUUCCGAGUUCAUUGCCAAUGAAGAGGUAUCUCAGCUAAUCGAAAUUCUCCAGAUCCUGUCAACGCAAGAAGAUAUUCUGUCGAAUGUGGUUUGGCGAUUCUUGCAGCUGCGUGGCUACGUGGAUGAGAAGCACAACCUGACCGCAUGGGGCAAAUGUCUCGACCAAGCCCUCUCAAGCGUCGAUCCUAAUGAUCAUCUUGAAGAUGCAAUCUUCAUUGCGAUCGAAAUGCUGCGCAUGGAUCUUCUGAACACAAAGAAUUGGUUUUCACAUGUCUCGGGUGGCCCCAUGAGAGGAUCCGAGGAGGACAAGACAUUUAAUAUGCUGGUGUCUCGGGUGGCAUGUAUUGCCAAAUUGCAACACAAACCCAUUGGAUACUCUGGCCCUCUCAGCCGACAACUUCUGUGCUACCGUUCUCUCAUCUGUGAGGUCCGCACUGCGCUGCGGAAUCUCAUUGAGUCGGUGCUGGCGAGUCUUCUCCUGAGCGGUGAUGCUGAUCGCGACCGUAAGGAUUGGGUCCAGCUGGGUAUCAAGCUUCCGUUUAUUGACGACAACGACUGUGGUCUCGGUAUCGCUGUGCGAACCUACCUGGACGACCUGCCGCUGCAAGCCAACCCCACAUCACCGGAGGCUCGUCAGGAGGUCAAGUCCAAGGGCAAGGAAUGGUUCCAGCACAGUGAAAGCUUCACCGGCAAUUUAGAUCUUGCGUUCAAACUGUGGGAUGCGGUUUACCAGGGAACGCAAAAUGCGGGCAGAGAGUUCAAGGAGGCGACGCUUUGGGAAAACGCCAAUCGGUGGUUGGCAGACCGGCGAUGA